AGAGAGAGAGAGAGAGAGAGAGAGAGAGUGAGUGGUCAGACCUCACUUUGAGCUCAGAUGAACCUCGGCGUGUUGUUCUCCCACGUUGGAUCAUUUCAGCUCCGUUACACCGGGAGGACACACGCAUGUGCACUGCAUUGGAAAACGUGAGGGGAAGAAGGUGGAAUGAAGACUCAGGCAGAGGGAGAAGGAGGAACACAAGAUGAAUCAGUUGGAGUUGCUUGCUCCUCGGUUAUUCUUUGAAACAAACUGAUCUGUGAACCUCAGCUAUGGCGGCACAUAUACUGCUUCUUUUGCUUUUAUUCUGUAUAGGGGAAAGAAACUGCAUGGCUGUCGACCUUUCAGAGGAAGAUCAGGAUGUGCAAGUAACAAAAAACAAAAGUCAACAAGCUUUAGCACAUCCAAGGUCCACGUACUCUGUGAGAAACAAAACACUGGAGAACCAGCUUCAAAUUGAAAUGGAUGAUAUAAGAACCCUGCCAAAUGUGUCGUUUAAAAUGAACGACAGAGAACCUAAUGAUUUUGACUUGAAGAAUAAUUCAGCGAGGAAAACAGUCACGCUGAAACAUCCUGGAUCUGAUGCCAAAUCCUUAAUACCUCAACAUCGCCCUGAACUCACUGCGAACCACGAGGAAAGGAGCAAUUUGACUAAUGGAGAGGUUGAAGGUGUAAUUAAUGAUCACGGCCUAGUGCCGAGUUCAGAGGAGGAGCACUCUCUCCAGCCCGGGCUCCGUUUGGAGACAGAUGUCGGCAAGGAUCUGCCUGAGAAGACACGAGGUCGCCCAAAAUGGCUCACAGAACCUGAGGACGGUGGGUCGGGGCCUCGCUCUCGCCUCCGGAGGAGCUGGCUGUGGAACCAGUUCUUUGUGAUCGAGGAGUACAGAGGGCCGGAGCCUGUGCUCAUCGGACGGCUGCACACAGACAUGGACAGCGGAGACGGCCACACCAAGUACAUGUUGGAGGGAGAGGGGGUGGGCUCCGUGUUUGUUAUUGACAGCAACACGGGCAACAUACAUGUCACCAAGUCUCUGGACCGCGAGGAGAAGGACCAGUACCGCCUCGUCGCAACAGCGACAGACCGGCAGACCGGCAGAGCCCUGGAGCCCUCCUCCGAGUUCAUCAUCAGAGUGCAGGACAUCAACGACAACCCGCCCAUCUUCCCCAGUGAAACCUAUGUCGCCAUGGUGCCGGAGAUGGCCAACAUUGGCACCUCCAUAAUCCAAGUCACUGCCAGAGACGCUGAUGAUCCCUCGUAUGGAAACAGUGCCCGGCUGGUUUACGCCAUCACUCAGGGCCAGGACUAUUUCUCCGUGGAUGCUCAGACAGGCGUCCUGCGAACAGCCGUGCCUGACAUGGACAGAGAGACCCGUGAUGAAUAUCUGGUCGUCCUCCAGGCCAAAGACAUGGGGGGGCAUCUGGGCGGAUUAUCCGGGACCACAACCGUCACUGUGAAGCUGAGCGACGUCAACGACAACCCCCCUCACUUCAGGCGGAGCGCGUGGUCGUUCUCUGUGUCUGAGCUGGCAGCACCGGGUGUGGAGGUGGGCCGGCUCACUGCCGCUGACCCUGACCUGGGAGAAAACGCGCAGCUGGAGUUCACUAUCCUGGACGCGGAGGAGGCCGAGAUAUUCAACAUAACAGCGAGAGACCGAGAGGGCAUCAUCGAGCUCAACAAGCUACUGGAUUACGAGACCCGCAACUCCUAUACUUUCUCCGUGGAAGUUGCCAACCCUAUAGUGGACGCCCGGUACCUAAGGAAAGGUCCCUUUAAGGACCAGGCAACGGUCCGGGUCAUGAUCCUUAACGCUGAUGAGCCCCCGCAAUUCUCCCAGACUCGGUACCAUCUGGACGUGUCUGAGAACUGCCCCCCUAUCUGCUCUGUGGGCCGGGUCUCUGCCGUCGACCCAGACACGGGACAAAGCUCCAACAUCAGGUACUCCAUUGAUCCGCAGUCCGACCCCGAGGCUCUGUUCCGCAUCGCCUCUGACACAGGCUUCAUCAGCACGGUGAUGGAGCUGGACCGCGAGCAGGAGCAGUGGCACAACCUCACUGUCAUCGCCACACAGAGGGGUACGUCGGCCCCUUCUGCCCUCGGGGCGCAGGGCUCACCAGAGUCAUAUUUCACAGAAAGCGAAACCGCCUGGAGUCGGGUACACGGUGUGUGGCGCCUGAAUGAUAGAGAUUCAGCGAUGAUUUCAACAUUAGUGUCCUUUUUUCUUUCAGACAAUCCCAAUCUUGUGUCAAGGGUUGUGGUUGCCAUAGAGACACUAGACCAGAAUGACAAUGCCCCAGAGUUGGACAGGCAGUACUCAACAUCUGUAUGUGACUCCAGUGUCCCCGGUCAGGUAGUCCAGGUUCUGCGAGCCAUCGACAGGGACCAGGGAGGACAGGACACGCCGAUCCACUUCAACAUCCCCCCAGAGUCCAGCUCUGCCCUCAAUCUCACCAUCAGGGAAUCUGGAGGUGUGACAGCCAGCCUGGUGCUCCAGUCAGCUUUGGAUCCCCUCCCUGGCUUCUCCUCAUCCUUACUCACCCUGUACGUGCCGGUCGUGCUACGUGACGGGGCCUCGGGUCUGACCAACACUGGCACGGUCACCGUGACCAUUUGUCCCUGUUUGCGAGGGGGCAUGCAGACCGAGGAUAGGGGGAGACAGAGGGACAGACGAUGGGAGAGACACAUGGUUUGUCUGCCCAUGCCGUCUGCCUCUCCGUCUCUCAUAUUCAGUUUGGUCACCUUGCUCGCCAUGCUGGCCUGUGUCACCACUCUGCUGGUGGUGUGUGCACUCUCGCUGUCAUUGCGCCAUCAGAAGCGAGACUCCCACUCACCCUUCGAGGAGGAUGAUGUCAGGGAGAACAUCAUAUCCUAUGAUGACGAGGGGGGAGGGGAAGCGGACACCGCAGCUUUUGACAUUACAGCACUGCAGAGCAUGCACAGAAUGCAGCACAUGCACAACAGAAACAUAUGGUACACCCAGCAGAAUCCGCCGAGGGCCAGGACGUACAGCUGGAGCCGAAACCCGCGCCCCAGCCUGGACCCUCAGCAGAGGCCAGGCUCUGCCCCGCUCUACGGACGCCUCUGCUACGGCAUCCACACGCUGCCUGUUCUCCGAGAUUAUCCAGCCGGGCCACUGGAGGCAGGUCUGCAGUUAACACAGCUGACCCACGGGCUCGCCGGAGGUCAUAUUGGCAAUUCCCUUGUCAUCCAGAACCAGAGCACCUUUGAGCCGCUGCUUCACUCUCCUGAGACGAGCCCUGCUAGUUACGAAGCAGAACACAUGCUGGCGAGGAGAAAUAUUACCGACAGAAAUGAAGGCAGUGAAGCGAAUGAAGAAGCAGAUACAAAAGACAAUCUGGAUCAGGCCAAGACAAACCCAACAGAAGCAGCGCCGGCACCAGCCGACGACGCUGCAAAUCUGACCUACUCCGACCCAAAUGAGUCUUCACUCCAAAGUCACGCCAGCUCCUCAUCAAACCAGCAUGAGGGGCGGCCGGGGUCAUCGCAGACUCAGAUCAGCACGGGAGCCACCAGCUGCACCCUGGAUGACAUUGAUACUGAUUGCUCCAUUCCCUCGGUCUCAGAGAGAAAUUAUUCAAACGGUAGUCAGAUUAACUCUGUGAACCCCCCUGUUUACCUGACAUCAGACACGUACAGCAUCGUGGGCUCGCUCAAUCCCAACAGCAGAGGGACGUGUAUGAAUGGGACGAGCAGCGGCGGGCUGUACCCAGCGGGGGUGCAGCUACUGAACAUGUGCAGUCUCCAGAGAAAGGAUUUGACCCCGCAACCUUUGCCCUUACCUGGGGGCUUGUUUGGCAGCAACGUAGGCUGGCCGUUCAGGGCGGAGCCUGCGAUGGCUGAAGCCUCCCACCCGCAGCCUCUCUGUAUGGAAGACCUCCUGAACUUCCGCCUGGAUCAGGUGACCUUUGACCUGUCACAGCCUCCAUAUGACUCACUGCAGACUUAUGAGUUUGAGGGCCGUGAUUCAAGAGCUGAGUCACUGAGCUCGCUGGAGAGCGACAGGGAAAAGGACGAUGGGCGAGUGGUGGGAGGGAUGGAGGAGUUGAACCAGAAGUUUCAGAGGCUGGUGGACAUCAUCCGAGAGAGGGAGAAGGAGAAGGAGGCGGAGAGAGGAGAGAUGAGGGCAGCUGAGGAAGCUGAGACUGCAGACGCCGCUCUGAGCGAGACUCAUAAACAAACAGAGAACCAACAAAAGGAAAUACAGAGAUGGGAUUUCUAGUCUGCAAAAAAGGAAGAGGUUUAAAGAGGAGCGCUCUGUUGACAGUGAUAGAUUUUAAACACAGCAGGAGGGGAAAAAUACACAUCCUCCGACAGGAAUCCUCUUGUUUUUCCUCCCUGCCAGGAAAAAUCCAUGAGGCUGUGUCGAGGAGUCGCGGUGGAAUCAGUGCACAGCGUAUAGUUUUCACAUCCACUAUGUUUAGAAAAUGCAUAUGGAAUCUGUCACUUUUCACACUCGUGUAACUGAUAUUAAUAAUGCACUUGGGCUUUCAAAGCGAAGGUUAUGAAAAAUUAACUUUUUUUUUUUUUAAAUAUUGAUUCUGAGCCCUGAAAGCUGCAUUGUUAGAAAAUAGGCCUCGUUAAAAAUGGAGUGGAAUUGUGAUAUUUAAUAUUGAUGGUUUAAUAGGGGCCCACUCACGAUGCAUCUUUGGAAUCUGAAUGGAACAUUUGCAUCUGAAUUGGAAAGUGUUAAAACCACACAAGCGCUCAGCUCUGUGGGUCGACCGCGCCAUGUGUUCACAGAGACUCUCCAGGGAACCUGACUCCCUACGUUUAUACACUGGAGCUCUGUAGCGAGAGUACGACUCCAGCGACUACUCUCCAUUACUGUAGCAGAAUCUGCUCACUAUGCAAUUUGCACACAGAAAUGAUUAGAUUGUCACUGUUGAAGACUUGUGCACUGUUGUGAACGGUCAGUAAAUAAUGUCUAUAUGUAGAUAUACAUCA